ACUACGUCGACCGUCAACAGCUAUUCCCUGAACUCACGCAACAGGAAAUACAAACUCCAAGAUCCCCACAGCUUGAACGCUAUCCUAACGACACCUGUCUUUGGCAUUAACUGUCUUACGAGAAUAACCCGGUUUUCAGCAUUUGUUCAACUCAACCUUGAACUCGAACGGAGUGAUCGGGGGUUAAGGGGCAGGCCUAGAACAUCAUCAUGGUUCGAUCUACACAGAUUGCGAGGCUUGAUGGUCUCAUGCUUGCGGCCUCUGUUGAUGACGAGCAGGCUGAGACUGAGCUGGCCGAAGUAAAGUCAAAUGUCAAAAUGAUUAUUCGGCGGCUGAACCGGAAUUCGGAACCUCAAGCUAGUAUUGAGUGUGGGCAAUAUAUGAUUCACUACACAAUAACGGAUUCUGUCUGCUUUAUUUGCAUCUGCGACCGAUCAUACCCCCGCAAGCUUGCCUUCACAUACUUGUCUGAUCUCGCCACGGAAUUUACUACCACCUAUAACUCCGCUCAAUAUCUCUCGCCAAAUCUUCGCCCGUAUGCCUUUGUCGAGUUCGAUACAUUUAUUCAGCGAACAAAAAAGACAUACCAGGACAGUCGCGCCACGCAGAACCUCGACAAACUCAACGACGAGCUCAAGGACGUCACCAAGGUCAUGACGAAGAAUAUUGAAGAUCUUCUAUAUCGUGGAGAUAGCCUGGAGCGGAUGGGUGAGAUGAGCGGCCGCUUAAGAGAGGACAGUAGGAAAUAUCGCAAGGCUGCGGUUCGAAUUAAUUGGGAGUUGCUGCUGAAACAGUAUGGCCCUGUGGGCGCCCUGGUCCUCAUAAUGAUUGUGUUCAUCUGGUGGCGGUUUUUCUGAGACGUCAAAAUUAUUUGCAUACCAAUUUACGUAGUAUAGUUGUAAUAUAGAAGCAAGUCGCAAUGGCUUGUUGCUUUUUUUUCGUAAGUAGGUCCCGCUGGGAUACGUUGGUCUCCGCACAGU